AUGGGUGCUACGAAUUCGAGAGCUGAAAAAAAUGAAGCUUUGAGUCUGUGCAAGGAACGAAAGCGAUUCAUCAAGGUGGCUGUUGAUUCCAGAUAUGCUCUAGCUGCUUCACACGUUUCUUACAUUCAAUCUCUUCGAAACGUUGGCAUCGCUCUCCGUAGGUACGCUGAGGCUGAGGUACUGGUAGAGUCGUCUCUGUCCAUUUCUGACAAAACCCCAUCUCAAACUAGUUACCCUUCUCCAUUAUCACCUUCGCAUGUUGCUGAGGUUGAGGUUUCAGAGUCACCUUUGCACAAUGAGAGUCCUCUUUCACCCCCAAUGGCCACUCUUAAUUACAUGAGAUCAGGGGGUACUGCUUCUGUCACCGUUAGGAUUAGUGCUUGCGGUAACAACUAUUUGGAUGAUGAAUCCACGGUGCUCCCAAUGCCUCCACCUCCACCUCCUCCUGAGUCAGGUGCAUCUUGGGAUUUCUUUGACCCUGGGGAGGAUAGUGAGAGCUUCAGGUUUGCGGGGUUUGGUAGUGAGUCCAGAGAGUGCAGGGAUGAAGAAAAAGCUGGUUCAACUUUGGUGGCAGCCACACGAGAUCAAUGGUCACAAGUUGGUUCAGAUGAUCAUUCAAUUGUUUCAAGAGGAGUUGAAGGUUGCAAACAAAUGGUUGAUGGAGAAGUGAGACAGCUAGACUCACCAAGUACUGCUGGUGACAAAAAUCAAAACAAGAGUGCUGUUGGAAGAUCCAGUUCAAAGAGGGAGAAGAACAUAGCCGGGAAAAAUGUAUGCACAGAAAGAGAGGAUCCUUCAGAGUUCAUCACCCACAGAGCUAAAGAUUUUCUCUCUAGUAUAAAGGAUAUUGAGCAUCGGUUUAUUCGAGCUUCUGAAUCUGGUAGGGAGGUCUCAAGGCUGUUAGAGGCAAAUAAAAUCAAGACUACUUCUGAUAGGGAAGUCAUCUACCAUGGCUUUAUUCACAGCUUUUCAGCCGGUUUGUUGCGGUGGAAAGGCUUCACCUGUUUUCCAGGGAUUCCUUUGGCUGCAAAAUCAAAGGAAGAUAUUGAUGAUAGUGGAAGUGACUUUGUUGAAGAAUUCUGCAUGAUUGCUGGAAGCCAUUCGUCCACCCUUGACAGACUGUAUGCAUGGGAACGAAAACUCUAUGAUGAAGUAAAGGCUAGUGAAUCCAUCAUGAAGGUCUAUGAUCGAAAAUGUCACCAGCUUAGACAUCAAUUUGCAAAAGAUCAAGGCACUCAAGUGAUUGACAAGACCCGAUCAGUUGUGAAGGAUCUGCAUUCACGGAUAAGAGUGGCUAUUUAUUCUGUCGAUUCAAUAUCUAAACGUAUUGAGAGAAUGAGGGAUGAAGAGUUAAACCCUCAACUCUUGGAAUUAACGGAGGGAUUGAUCAGAAUGUGGAAGGCUAUGCUUGAAUGUCAUCAUGCACAAUACAUUACCAUCUCCUUGGCAUAUCAUUCAAGAAGCUCAACUGGAACCUUGCAAGGAGAUGUCCGCAGAGAGAUAAUGACUCGGCUGCUUGAAGAAAUUGAGUUCUUUGGUCUGAGUUUUGCUAACUGGAUUAACAGCCACACCUCAUAUGUGGAAGCUCUCAAUGGGUGGCUGCAAAACUGUAUACUGCAACCAAGGGAGCGUUCCAAGAGCAGAAGACCAUUCUCUCCGCGCCGAGUUCUGGCGCCACCGAUAUUUGUUCUUUGCCGUGAUUGGUCUGCUGGGAUCAAGGCUUUACCCUCUGAGGAACUAAGUCAUGCUAUCAGAAACUUUUUGUUAGAUAUUCACCAGCUGAUGGAGCAGCAAAAUGAUCAACUUCUUAAGAAACAGAAUUCAGCUCAAGCAAGCACUGCAGAAACCGAGAGCAAAACUAACGAAGAGAAUGAAGAUGAGUCCGCAAAUUUGAGUUGCAUACAUGCAAGUUUAACGAAGGUUCUUGAUCGACUGAACAAAUUUUCUGAGGCAUCAUUGAAGAUGUAUGAAGAUAUCAGGCAAAAAAGUGAAGCAGCUCGAACUGCAUAUCAUAAUUGCAGAACUCACCGGGCCGAAAAAUUUUAA